AUGUUCCGGCAGAUUUGGGUUAACCGCGCUCAUCAAGAUCAACAGUGGAUCGUGUGGUUCCCGGAUCAGGAAAGUAGUCCCAUCGAUUAUCGACUUACUACGGUGACAUACGGUACGAAUUGUGCGCCGCUCUUGGCCAUACGUACCCUGUUACAACUUGCUGAUGACGAGAUUUCCAGGUUUUCCCUCGGAGCUAAGAUUCAAAAAGAAAACGUUUACAUGGACGAUAUGUUUGUGGGGGACGAUACUCUCUCUGGAGCCAAAAAUAAAAGGAACGAGCUAGUCUCAAUAUUCAAAUCCGCAGGCAUGGCAUUGGAUAAAUGGGCCGCUAAUCAGACCGAGUUGCUCUCGCGAGAUGCAGUCACUCAAAUCGACGAGAGCCAAACUGUGAAGACCCUAGGGCUACGCUCUAUCUCUGACAUAUCAGACAUAACUAUUCCUCGAUGGGUUGGGACCUCUCCAGGGCAAAAACAUGAGCUACAUGGUUUUUCCGAUGCAUUAAAGAGAGGGUACGCCGCCGUAGUGUAUCUAAGAGUGACUACGGGGGAAGGCGGAUGUCAUACUCACCUGUUAAUGUCCAAGACCAAGGUCACCCCCGUGAAUACUAUUAGCAUUCCUAAUCUUGAAUUGUGCGCAGCAGCUCUUCUCGUCUCGCUUAUUCAGCACCUCAAAAAAUCUCACUUCUUUCAACAGCUGAAGUUCUACGCCUGGACUGAUAGUCAGUUAGUUUUGGAUUGGUUGAAUAAGCAUCCCCGCCAGUGGAAGACCUUUGUUGCAAACAGGGUGGCGUUUACUCAAACGGAGCUUCUGGCUGCCACUUGGUCCCACGUCCCGUCCAAGGAAAAUGCUACUGACAUAGCUUCCUGGCUCGAUCAAGAUAGGGAGCUUUGGCUGACAAAGGCUGGACAGAUGCGCGUGCUGACCACCCGACCAACUCCUCCGGCCCCUCCCGAAUCGGAUAUCCUCAUCAGAUUCUCUACCCUGACACGCGGAGUUAUCACAGGCCAGAGCCUCAGCCAUACUGCUUUCACAAGCGCAUUUUUUCAAGGAUCAACUACUAACGAUGUCGUGCGGCAAACACCUACCCAAGAACCACUUCUUGAGCAAACUAAACCCGUUUACGAUCACAACUUGGGCAUCCUGCGGGUAGGUGGGCGUCUUGAACAUGCGCCUCUGCCAGUUGAAGGGAAGCAUCCCCCAAUCGUAGCGGGUCGCUCCACUCUAGCUCGUCUCUUCGUUAGACAUGCUCACCACACCUGCCUUCACGGAGGGCCCACCUUGACUUCUAGCACCGUCUCUCAGAUGAUCUGGUUGACAGAUAGGAGUCGGUUAGUAAAGUCGAAGGUUCGACAUUGUAUUACGUGUCAGAAGGUAAAGUCACGUCUUGUUCACCAGAUGAUGGGAGAUCUUCCAAUACGACCCAGCAAGAUACGGGGAAACUGUACUUCAAAGAGGUACAUAGUCCUCUUUGUGUGUUUCGGUACCAAAGCAGUGCAUCUUGAGCUCGUGAGUGAUCUUACGUCCAUCAGUUUUGCUUCUGCCUUCCGUCAGUUUGUCAGUCGAAGUAGUCACUGUCAGCGACUUUACAGUGAUAACGCCACAACUUUCCAUGGGGCAGACAAGGACUUAAGGGCAAUGUUCCACAGAGCAUCGGAAUUCUAUCGGGCAUCAGCGGAGGCAUUGGCCAACGACGGCACCACCUGA